AUGAAUGGGAUGGGGAGCAUCUUGACAGGCUGGCUGCAAAGGUUGUCUCUGUCUCUGAGACACAAUACCAAGGCUGAAGACUUGCCCGAUCGACAAAUCGAGGACUACCCUCUGGGUUAUCCGCGGUUCUCUACCUUGGUCGCCACACACAACGCCUUCCACAUCUAUCGUCGCUUCUCGACCCUGCGGGCUCGUCUCCUCCUCCUGAAGCAGGACAAGUUGGCUACGCUCGAGAAGCAGCUUGAGAUGGUCGACCACCAGGAAACCAACCCGCUCUUUCUCGCGAGCUGCAGGCGGGACAAGAACGUGGAGCGAGAGGCCAUCUUGUCACGCAUCGAUACCGCUUUGGUGGAUUAUGGCAAGUCCACACCUUGCUUUGCUGAAAAGGGAGUGUAUGGUUUAGAUUCGAUGAUCGAGAGGAGUCGACAGAUCCUGUCCCUCGACCCUGCCAAAACCCGGGACAUUUCGAGCCUGAACCAUUGGGUCGAGGGCAACGCUUGCCUAGCCAGGGACGAGACAGCAUACCUUCUCCGGCCCAGGGACUUGGUGAGCAUUGCACCGUUGCCAGACGACGCUGUUGCCCGAGUCGAGUCCUGGCUAGCGGACCGACUCAUGCACUAUUGGAAAGAUUUUAGAGAGCUUCCAUUCCACAACGUCUCGAGGGAUCCCAACGUGUACAUCUGUACCAGCUCGGCGUUGACACGGGCGACUCGAUUCCUCAUUGCCGUCCUCCUGAUCCUUGUCCUGCUCAUCCCCAUGGUGAUUUGCAGCGCACAGAAGAACAUGACGGCGCGGAUCGUGGUUGUCGGUGUUGCGGCCAGUUUGUUCAUAGCGAUAGUCUCCGUCAUUAUCAAGGCAAGAUCCAUUGAGAUCUUCAUGGCUGGAGCGACAUAUGCCACCAUUCUGGUUGUUUUUGUUGCUGGCACCAAUGCAGGCAGCAAUUUCUGA